AUGUGGGGUCACCCAGCAGCCACGGUGCAGAUGCCACAGGUGGCUGCGGUGAUGAGCCCACAGGCCAUGCUGGCAGACAGUCAUGCCAGAGCGGAUCGAGCCCCAGUCCCUGAGGUCCGAGGGAACCCCACCCCCCAGAUAGGGUCCGACCUGGCCAGGGGCGCCAGGCCUCACCAAGCAGCCAGUGGGAGUAUGCGGGGUACAUACCUGAGCGCCCAGCCCCAGACACUGAGAACCACCAAAGGUACCACCGUCCCCAGGGGGGCAAUGAGCCCCCAGAGCCAGGAGAUGUUACCCUUUUCCCUGGGGUGGACGGUCGGACUGCCCCCGGCCCGGCAGCUGCAGGGAUGGCCCAGCGUCCCAGACCCCGACCAGACUGCCAACUCCUCCCAACCCCCUGCCCCGAUCGUGUACAGAGAAUGGGGGUGUGAAGACCCCACACCUUACUCAGCCCGCUCAUAUGUCUUGUUGAUGUUUGGCAAGUCAGAGGUGUCACACAGAUGCAGCUCACGCUGUGUCAGUCCUCUGACCUUCGACAGUCAGGCUGUGGGAGAAAAGGUCCGCUUGAGUCAUGGAGGUCGACUCGCAGAGAAGACUGAUAACACCUUCAAGAAUGGGCUGGUGUUCAGCAACCGUCCAGUGAAGAUCCAGGAGAAGAUUUGUCUGAGAAUAGAGAAGGAUUCAUCCAUCUGGGACGGGGCUCUGCGUGUGGGCUUUACCACUGUGCCACCCUCAACCAGAUCUCUGCCUCUGCCCAGCAUGUCCAUCCCCAACCUCACUGACAAGUCCGGACACUGGGCUGUUCCAUUGGAUGAAUCUGUCUGCCAAGCAGGUUCAGAGCUGGAGUUUUGGGUUUCUUCUCAUGGCAGCAUAUACAUAGGUGUCAACAACGAGGAGUAUGAGCGACUACCAGGAGUGGACACUAAACAGCCGCUGUGGGCCAUGAUAGACAUCUACGGGCAGACGCGCUCCAUUUUGCUGCUGGACUCCAAGAAAAACAAAAAGCUGCUUUACCGUAGAAGAUCCUGUCCUGCACCUGAACCGCUCGCCUCACCUGAUCCUGACAGUCACUUUCGUUCAGUUCCUGAUGUUUCAGACUUCAGACGUGAGGACUGCAUCUCCUGUCUUGACACAAAAAUGCCAGAAGAUGCUUUUGAUGCCGUGCACAAGAACUUGAUAUCUGUCACACAAGAACCACAACAGAUCUAA